CUAUAUAUAUAUAUAUAUAUAUAUACACACACAUAUAUAUCGUCUGUCUUUUACACUGUUUUCUUUUCACUACAUAAUAAUACUUCGUUUUAAUUUCAAGGGAUGAUUAAAAGUUUGUUGUUUCAACAUCAAUCUCAAGCUAUGGAGGAAAAUUUGUCAAAUUUAACUUCAGCUUCUGGUGAAGCUAGUGCCUGCUCCGGCAACCAUUCCGAUCAGAUUCCGACCAACUAUUCCGGGCAGUUCUUUUCCACCCCACCGCCACCUAAAAAGAAGAGAAACCUCCCCGGAAAUCCAGACCCAGAUGCGGAAGUGAUAGCUUUGUCGCCGAAGACGCUUAUGGCCACGAAUAGAUUUGUAUGCGAGAUCUGUAGUAAAGGGUUUCAGAGAGAUCAGAAUCUUCAACUUCAUAGAAGAGGGCACAAUCUUCCAUGGAAAUUAAAGCAAAGGGCAAACAAAGAAGUAAUAAGGAAGAAAGUUUAUGUGUGUCCGGAAACAAGUUGUGUUCAUCAUGAUCCAUCAAGAGCAUUAGGAGACUUGACAGGAAUCAAGAAGCACUUUUGUAGAAAACAUGGUGAGAAGAAAUGGAAAUGUGAUAAGUGUUCUAAGAGGUAUGCAGUUCAAUCAGAUUGGAAAGCUCAUUCCAAGACUUGUGGCACCAGAGAGUAUAGAUGUGACUGUGGAACCCUUUUCUCAAGGAGGGAUAGUUUCAUCACCCACAGAGCUUUUUGUGAUGCAUUAGCUGAGGAAAGUGCAAGAGCCAUUACAUCAAACCCCCCAAUUCUAAUAACAAAUAAUAAUAAUAAUUAUAAUCAAAACCACCUUCUUCCUCCACUUUCUUCCAUGGCCACUCCCAAUAUUCAUUCUCAAUUAAACUUCCAAAUUACACAACAAACUCAUUUCAAUAAUCCUCCCUUCUUAGAUAAUACCUCAUUUAAUAAUAAUUCUCUAAAAAAAGAACAUCGUCAAUUACAAAAUAAUAAUGAUGACAAUAAUAAUAAUAUACCCCCAUGGUUAACCUUUCCCAUUAAUAAUAAUUCAACCUCAAAUGAUCAUAAUCAUCAUCAAAUUAUAAACCCUAAUCAUAAUAAUCGUAUUAAUCUUGGUCCCACUUCUCUUCAUCUAAUACAAAGUGCUUCCCCUUCGUCGCCACAUAUGUCAGCCACAGCACUUCUUCAGAAAGCAGCUCAAAUGGGAUCUACCAUGAGCAGCAACAGCAAUAAUAAUAAUAAUAAUAAUAAUAAUAAUAAUAAUGCUGAGCCACCGCACACAAUCAUUCCCCAUACAAAUUGUAAUUUUGGCCUUAACUUAUCAUCCACCACCACCACCACCACCACCUCCUCCUCCUCACGUGACAUUCAUCAGAAUCACAUUUUGGAAGAAGCUGCAGCAGGGCUUUCUCAUGCACUGCCAUUCUACAGGAACAAAAUUGCUAAUUUUGAAGGAGCUGGGGAUUCUUUUGAAUUAGACCAAUUUGGAGGGGUUUUUAAGAAAAAUAAUGAUCAUCAUCAUCAUCAAGCUGCAGCAGCUGGGCUAAGUACAAGAGAUUUCUUGGGGUUGAGAGCUAUCUCUCAUACUGAAUUCUUGAGUAAUAUUGCAGCUGCUGGUAAUUUUAGUCAUUGCAUUAAUAAUACUCAUAAUGUUGGUGCUGCUCAGAAUCCUCAAACUACUCAAAUUCAAAAUCAAUCCACUUGGCAAGGUUAGAACACCAAAAUUUCAGGUUUUUUUUCUGUCCCUUUUUGGUUUAGAUUAUAUAUUAAAUAUAUAUAUAUAUAUAUAUAUAUAUAUAUAUAUAUAUAUAUAUAUAUAUAUAUAUAUAUAUAUUUGAAUUUUUGUUGUUUUUUUUACAAAGGGGUCUUUUUUUUUCCCUAAGGGGGAAGGACCACCAUUUUCUUGAAUUAGGAAUUUUGGAUCAUAAUAUUCUAUAUGUUUUUGUAUUUAUGGAUAUAUAUAAUUUCAGUGUAUAAUUAAUACUUAGUGGAUUAUUAUUUCUUGGUAUGAAUGAAAUUGUAAAGUUAAAUCCA